AUGGACGUAGUAUACGCUCUGAAACGACAAGGACGUACUCUGUACGGUUUUGGGGGUUAGAAUACACUGUAAUCCCUGAUCAACACUUAAACCAACGGCUCUUUUAGGAGCCAACAAAUGUAUGAAAAGCUCUGACCAAUACGUGAUAAGAGAAUUUGUUUUCAUUACGAUCAUUGCUGAAGGUUUAUAUACAUAUCAACAAGUCAACAUACACCUGAAAUCGAUUCAGCGCUUUAUUUACUGGGUGCGUCCACGCCAGUUUUUUCUUUUUUAGUGACUUUACAGCAGCGCAGUCGUUACUUAUACAGGGAAAUUAUUUUUUUCCCGUCUAGAUUAGCCUCAUAGCUCUUUGCGGGGCAUACAAUACUGUAAAGCUUUUGUCUUUAAUUAGUUAGUGAAUAAACUGUUGUUGUACGUUGUUGUUGUGGCAGAAUUAAGAGAGCAAGCUGGUUUGUGUCGUUACCGACGACGGUUUAUAACUGUGUUAGUUUAUUUUACGUAAACAGCUUGUGUACCGAAGGAAAUCACGACGAUCUCUUGUAAUUUUAGGCAAAGAAAACAACAUUUCAAGCUCAGUAGUAGCAGCAAUGUUUGUUCCCGGUUGGUAGGAAUGCGAUUAAUUGUGUACUCGUUUAAAAAGAGCAGAAAGUUGUUCGAUUGUCGCUUGGUAUGUACCUCGAAGUUCGUAUAAAAACCUGUUGGAAACAGCGCGAAUGAAACCUGCAUAGAAAGCAAACGCAAUUUCAACUUUCAUGAUAUAAUCACAUCAGUCUUUAAAUUCAUGUUACACCGAGCUAAACUGACCUAAGACUGGUUUCAGUUUUCAAGCAAUGCUGUGGUUGCUGUUGUUUGUUUCUUACAUGCGAUAGCCGAAAUAGCGCUAAAUAUGCUUUGGUAUACGCAUUUAUGAACAAAACUAGCAACAUGGAACCAUGCAAAAACAAAUAGAAAUAGCGAGUUUCCGCGAGACAUAAUUAUUUGUGGCUAAGUAUCGAUCGAGUUAUUAACCCCAAACUUAGACGGCGAAUACUAUUUGGGGGGUAGAUUACAAAUUUAUAUCGUGAUUGGUCAUGACUUUAUUCUAGACUUGGUGGCUCCUAAAAGAGCCGUUUGUAUUUAUGGUUGUUGCCGUCGCUUAGUGUUGUUUCUUCUCUGUCUUUUUAGGUAGUAAUACUGCCUGAAUGUUGGGAAGAACACCGCCUUGAGCGAUGGUGACACCGGCAAGGAGUUUGUUUAAUUCUUCGUCAUUUCGCACAGCCAACUGGAGGUGACGAGGAAUGAUUCUUGACUUCUUGUUGUCGCGUGCUGCGUUUCCUGCUAACUCGAGGAUCUCAGCACUCAGAUACUCAAGUACGGCAGCCAAGUACACGGGAGCACCGGCUCCGACGCGUUCAGCGUAGUUGCCUUUACGAAGAAGGCGAUGGAUGCGACCAACAGGAAACUGUAGACCUGCCCUGGAAGAACGAGUCUUUGACUUGGUGCCCUGGGCUUUACCUUUUCCUCGUCCGGUCAUUUUGUCGAGUAACUCGUAUCUUAAGUUUCAGUUUAAGUUUCAGGAGACUGUUUUCCAAGACAUGACUUCGGCCGCCAUAAUUUAUCACGCGCGGACUGCGUUUCGUGGAUCAGAUUGCACCAAUCAAAAGUCUUACAUUGGCUCAUAAAAGAAAUUCUAGCCUUGCAAUUGUUCUCUUUGUGUCGAUUGGCGGCACGCUCCAUUGUUUACACCGAGAAAAAAAAAAAGACACCAAUCACCGACGAGAACUUGCGAUCCGCAUAUUAAUUGAUCCUAUUGAAUUUGGCAACAUAAAUAGAAACUGUGAUAUCCCGAAUUACCAAACUCUAUUUCGAAAAGGCAGAGAUAUCUUUCUUUACCAUGGCACCUAAACCGAUUGCAGCUAAAAAAGGGAGAGAAGAAGAGCGGCGGUAAGGCAAAAUCCACGUCGGGCGACAGUACGAAAAAACGGCGAUCGAAACGGAAGGAGAGUUAUGCGAUCUACAUCUACAAAGUGUUGAAGCAGGUACAUCCUGACACCGGAAUCUCCAGCAAAGCAAUGGGUAUCAUGAACUCUUUCGUGAACGAUAUCUUUGAGCGCAUUGCUACAGAAUCCUCCCGUCUAGCCCACUACAACAAGAAGUCCACUAUCAGCUCCCGCGAGAUUCAGACAGCCAUCAGACUGCUCCUUCCAGGAGAACUCGCAAAGCACGCAGUCAGUGAGGGUACCAAGGCCGUCACGAAGUACACUAGUAGCAAGUGA